AAUCCAACAAGAGAUAGUAUUUCUCAGAAAAUAAUUCCAACGAAUUUUUUUUUUUUUUUUUUGAUUGCAUCACCUCAAUUCAAUAAUUUUCUUACAAGAAAUUUCGUUUCUCUAUCAAUAAACAAUUGAAAAUGCCAAUAAAACCGCCGAUAAAACAAUCAUAUCCAUAAAAAGCAAGACUUGAAUACAUUACACUGGAUAUGGUUUAUACGAUUUGUUUCAAUGGCAUUCUAGUGCACUGCAGUUUUGAACAAAGCACAAAUAAAAAAAGAUCAACCAUAAGAAUCAAGUUAGCUUUUACUCGCUGUAAAAACAAUGAAAUGAAAGUUAUGGUAUAGGGAACAUAGCUGGUGAGCAAUGAACGUAUUACAUGCGAAAUAAUGCUAUGGGGGUAAAAAAAGUGAAUGCGCAAUACAUAGUUAAAUGUCAGACUGAAAAUGAAACGCUAUUCGCAUACACAUACACAUGCAUGAUGAUGGACUGACUGCACCACCAGCAGCAGCAGCAGCAGCAGCUACGCUUACAAGCACAGUCAUCUGCUACCAAAUAAAUCCGAAUAUGACUCAGUGUAUUGGGAUACAACGCACCAAAAUAUACUUAUGUUAGCUCAUCUUUGAAUCGAAUCGAAUCGCGACGACAACUCUUCGUUAUAUUGCUUGGUUUAAGUUUGUAGUUUUUCUUUUCAAAUUGCUUUCUUGUCCGUGUCAAACAAAAUCACGUUGGGAUAGGUAUCGAUUAAUCGGAUUGAAGAAAUCGCUUAUUUAUUGUACAGUCUUCUUCUCUGUAAAUGUGUUGUGAGCAGCACAUUAUUAGCCAAUCCACACAUGCUCAUAUUUUUUUCUUCAAAAAAACAUUAUGUUGAAUACGAAGACUAGAAAGCACGUUGACCAAUACAGAAUAUUAUACAAAAAAAUAAAAUUCAGAGAAAUGAAGAAAGCUUCAAAAUACAUAAAUUCCACAACAGAACGGAUCAUAGAAUCAAACUUCGAAUAUAUUGUCGCUUGUAUUUUUUCUGACCUAUUACACGUUUGCAAUACAUUAUGGUGCUUGUAUAAGCUGCUUACUGAUUCGGUCAAAUGAAGUUUGAUUUAUGCCAAAACAUGAAGCGAAAAGAAAAAAAAACACCGACAAAAAAUGUGUUGAGUACAAAUUUGAGUAGAAAUCGUCACUGAUGUUUAUUGAAUUUUUAUCUGCGUGAUAUCAAAUCAGUGCAGUAUAUAGCCAAAUGUCAAAGUGAGAAACAAUCAAUAUAUUGAAAAAGUGGCACUCCUCCUCGUGAAUGGAAAUUUGUAGAAAAAAUGCAGACUAAAAAUUAGUAAAAUGAAUGGGUUUGAUGAGAUUUUAUUUAUCUGUUUGAAUCAUUUGGUGAGAAUUGAAAUGAAUACAGGUGAUUCUUUUGAACACAGGCGCAAGUAAAAGGGAAGGAGAGAGGAAGAGAGAAAAAAAGAUGUCACAAGCAAAUGUUGAUUCGUGCCAUCAUAGACUAUACAAUUGUGUGAUGAUUUAUGGACAAGAAAAGAAAUUAAACGGUAUCAAAAUUCGAAAAAGAAGAAACUGGGUAGUAAGUCUACGACAAUGACAAAGCUAUUAGGACUGCCGACUACACCACACACAGUACACACACGAAAUACGGCAAAAAGCAGCACAAGUUCAGAUGAACGAAGGUGCCGUGGCACUGAAAUGUUGGUUCGUGGCGCUGUGUUUUUGCUUCGCUUCGCUAAUUUGUCAUGUGUUGCCAUUGAAUCACAGCUCUUUUUUUAUAUGAAUCGAUGGAUGAGUUUGAAUUACUUCUGUGUCAAUCAAGACUAAUAUGAAAACCAAAAUCAGUAACAGCUGUCAUGCAUAUAUUCAUUGGUUGAAGGCGUUUUCACAUAUUAUUCUUUAAAAAAUUGAAACAAACAACAUUUGCUCAUAGAAAUAAUACGGAAGGGAAGAAAGAAUUUGCAUCUUUGUUUGGCAUUUGAUAUGAAUAAUACUUGUUUACUGUGAUCUCCCACGCAUCUACUUAAUAAAAUCACAUAAAAAAACACCAUAAAUCCGACACCAUCAACGGGCCGCUGUUUGAAUAAUUAAUGAGAUUCGCUCUGGACAGAACAAAGUAGUGCUUUGUAGCCAAUGAGAUUGAGAGCGUGAAUAUGUGUAAAUUCAAACGCUGAAAGGUGUGAUUCACUGCUUGUUUCAUUCUUAAUGUGGAAAUAGCAUUUAAAUUGAUCGGAAGAGAUCGCAAACGAAUGCGAUUACAACACUAAAUGGAUUCGUCAGCGGGUAAUUCGAGUGCAACGGCUGCUUCGCUCUCCAAUUUUCAAAAUGGUUUGAGUGCACAAGAGGAUCGAUUGAAUACGGACAACAACGUUCGAUUGGACACUCAACGACAAAGACAACGUCUUCAAUCGGCUGCCGAACAUUUUAGUUCAAGUCAUAGUUCGGACGAUUUGCACGAAGACAAUUCCAAUUGGGAUGCGCAGGAAUUGGCUACAUCGAAAUCAAAACCAGAGGCUCAGGAAGUCGACGAACGGGAUCGUUAUUCGCCAUUACGUUAUCCAUUAAGCUUACCAAUUCAAUCGCAUAAUGAAGAUUAUGAAAUUGGAACUGUUGCUGACAGUUCGACACCAGUGGCAGCGAGACGAUCUUUCGAUAGCAGUCGCGUUUCAUCGAAGGAGGAAAAGCAGCGACAGAAUGAAGAGAAGAAAACGCCGGCAUCAACAUCAAAUACCGACGUUACGUUGAGUGCAUUUGGCGUGGACUCAUCAUCGGUGUCAUCGGAAACGGGCAGCUGGGAAGCCGUUUAUCCACCACCGCGAAAACCCAAAUCGGAUUCCGUUCCGGUCAAACCGCACGCAGGCGGUGAAAUGAACUGUUUCAUUGAUGCAUCAUCUUUGUUGGACGACGGCGAAAUCGCAUUCACAAAUACAUUCAAAGCAAAUCCAUCGAGUGACACAUACAAACACGCAACCACAAGCCAUGAAUUGAACGGUGGAGCACAAAAGAAGCCAUCGAGCAGACAUAGCAGUUUUGAAAUGAAUGACGACCAAACCAAUGAUAUAAAUAAUACUCAGCACAUGUCCUAUUGUUGUGACAAUGUCGAAUUGAAGAAAAGCAAAGAGAAUUUGAAUGAGGAAUUCGAUCGUGAUGAAGCCGAAGCACUUGUGAUCAAUUUAUCGGAUGAACAAAAAUUGAGCACACAAAAGUCAUUUGAAUCGCAUCGACCCGAUAUCAAGGACCAGUUUUCGUUAGAAAGCAUAUCGACUAAUGGACCAAAACCGGUUUCGCUAAACAUGCUAAAUGAAUUUGGUUCGGCCGUACAAAGGACUCGCAGCGACAGUGCAAAGGGUGAUCAACGCCAAGAGAAUGAACGCAAACAAGGCAAUUUCCUAUUUUCCAACUCGAUUCAACAGUUUUCGGGGCAUGUAAUGACACCGAAAGUACCAUACUUAGAGGAAAACCAGAGCGAUUUCUCACUGCCCAGCAUUCAUUCCGGUGGCAGUGAUUGUGCUAGUACUUUUGAUACGAGUUCGCAUAUAAGUAGUGAUCGCGAUUCGCAUGAUUUGGCAGAUUUAUCGAAUUUUUCCAUUGGCAAUUCAUCGAAAGGUGACUCGGUUAUCUACCCGGACACACCGCAUAACUCAAUUUUGCAAGUCAAUCUAUCGCGAAACAGUUUGGGGCCCAGUGAUUCCGCGAUUGCAUCGUUAUCAUCGUCGGAGAGCAAUGCGAUUUCAAUUCCAUCGCAUCGAAGGUCACACGAUGACACUGUGCCGAUAUUGUCGGGGGGAGCAUCGGUCAAAGAUUUCACACCAAAACAAUGUGAAAGUCCUUCAAUGCAACGCAAAACGGAGAAUUGUCCAAUCAUCUCACUCGGAAUGUCGCCAUUGGAUUUUGAGACAAAACCAAAGCCAAGAGAACGGAUCAGUAGUUUGGCAUUGAAUUCGUGGGUUGUUGAUAUGAGUGACUGCGGUAAAAAGAGUCGACGGCGUGGUAGCGAAAGCUCAUCGGUUAGCAUUGAAUCGAAUCCUCGCUUCUCUGAUCCAAAACCAGAUCGCAGUGGAUCGAAUAGUUCUUGCAAAGGAUUUGGAUACUAUGUGUCGUUGAGCGACAUGAAUCCCACCUAUCCAACCGACGAACAUCUAUCAAAAUCUCUAAAUUACUAUUCGUCAAGUUCAUCGUGUGCGUCGGCCGAACCGAAGAAAAAAUCGACGGGUUUUUUUGUUGAUUUUUCAAAUAAUGACUCGCACGCAACGAACACGCCGCCACCAAGUAAUGAUGCCUCGGAACAGGCGCAGAAGAAUGAAGAUAAAAAGAAUAUUUUCUCAAUGUUUAUUGAUUUCGGCAAUGAUGAUCACCGUAGCACCCAUAAACGGGAAUUAAAUACAAAAUCAGCGUACAAUAUUGUGAAAGGAAGCGAUUCAACGUCAACUGAAUCGCCGAUUUUGAGCCGACGAAAUCAGUCAUAUGAUAGCCAACAAUUAUCAGACGAAAAAAAUAAGCGACAUUCAUGGAAUGCAUCAAAAGAAGCGCCACAUCUUGCGCAUGUCAGAGAACAUAAGCGAUCGAUUAGUACCUCUUCCGACAAAGGCAUCAUGAAUAUUUUAGAUAAAAUCCCACUGAUUUCAAAGACAUCCAGCAUGUCAAUUGAUACACCGAAUUCACCACACGAUGACAUUACAUCCAAAUCACUCAGCAGCUACUCAAACAAUUCAAUAACAUCGCUAUCGGUGCAAUCGAGCGGCAGUAAAUUUAUGGAACACGAUGAAAAAGGAACAGGAAGACGUCAUCAAAAAGAUGCUCGUAUCAAUGAAACAUUUGAUAAAAGCAGUCAGGGUUCGCUUACCGACGAUAUUCUUUCGAAGAAUUCGUCGCCAGCUUCGCGUACAGACACAGACGAUGCCACAUUUCAUAACGACAAUGACGAUACAUUGCACGGUGAUAUUUCUGGAUCGAAUGUGAUGGAAACAAUUCCAGAGACCAAAGAAGCAGUCGUUUUGCGUCGACCACCAAAUCAAAGUGGAACAAAUAAUAAAUCUGAACGUCACACAAUGGAAACAUUGCAGGCCACGAUCGAAAAACAAAAACAACUUUUGAAUACCGUUUCCGAAGAAGUUUCAUCAUUUGUUAAGCUAUCAGAUAUGGAUAAACCAGCAUCGAAGUUCGAAUUACACAAUUCCGAGUCAAGUCGACCAAAAUCAGUGGGUUCAAGAAUUGGCAAAUUAUUCAAUCAGGCCGGAAAUCGUAAUACAUGGCAUCACAUGUCAAAAUCAACAGGAAACAACCUCUCCAAUCUCGCUUCGUCGGCCGAAAACUUUAAAAGUUUGACCAGGAUUUUUCCACAUUUGGGCAAAGAUUUGAGCAACAGUCUACCUAUAAACUUUGAACAAUCCACUUCAAACACUAGCCCCAACGAAUAUACAACGGAUUUGUUCCAUUCCGAUCUGUCAACAUCGAGUGCAACAUCCAGUUUCAGUCGAUCUGGGAUUGAUUCUGCCGACGAGUUCAGCCUUUCUGCAGUGCAGCCACGCCGGCUAGGUGAAGAUCUAUUGAAAAUGUUUCUUCAGGAAAUUGCAACGGACGUUGUAAUCGAAGUGAAUGGCCGAAGAAUGAGAGCACACAAAUGUAUUUUACGUUCUCGUUGUCAGUAUUUUGCUGCAAUUUUGGCCGGUGGUUGGGUGAGCAGUAGUGCGGGAAAUGUCAUCUCAUUGUCUGGAUAUUCGUAUGGUGCAGUACAUUUUGCCUUGUGUCACAUUUAUUCGGGCGCUGCGCAUCCGCCAGACGGAAUAAGUCUGAUGGAAUUGGCAGCGCUUGCCGAUUUAUUAGGUCUUGAAGGGUUAAAAGAGGUCGCCGCACAUGCCCUAAAAACCAACUAUUGCCACAGUUUCCAUAAGCCUUGCAGCGGAUGCAUCGAUGGAGUGAUGCAAGUGUUUCCAGUCGCUUUGAAUCAGGGUCUGGAUGACUUGUAUCGCAAGUGCUUGCGAUGGGCGUGCAAGCAUUACAUGAAGGUUUGGCCAUCCCGUGCAUUUUCUCAGCUUCCAUCUGAAUUAGUCGUUCGAUGCAAGCAGCAUAUAAUCGCACACAUGACGUCGGAAUCAGUGAUUUAUACAUUGUUAGACUGUGAUCAUUUGCUUGCGUUGCUUGCACCAUGUCGUUGGGCUAGCGGGAUUGAGGCGAGUGUUCGUGAUAUUAUUGAAGCUGGUCAUGUGUAUGUGACCGAUCAUUAUGCCAGUUUAAUAGCAAGUGAUGGUUUCUUAUCGUUGGGCCAAGGUCAAAGUUGGAACAUUUCGCGCUUGGAAAACAUGUUAUUGCGUGCCGGUUCGUCAUUAACAGCCGAUCAAGCGUGUCGCAGUUAUCAGCGAAUUACGCGCUUGGACUCCGUUCUGAAAGCGAAAGUAAACAAAUUACAUACAUCACGCAUUGAUAAAAGCAUUUUUAUGUCGGAUUAUGACAAUGAAAUUGACGGCGAAGAUGAAGAAGAGCUCGAUUGGAAUCCCGAUUUUAUACGAUUGGUCACUGAAAUGAUGUCGGCGGUUGAACAAUGUUUGGUGCGACAAUGCUCACGAGCGAUGAAAUGCAAUCAAUGGCAACGAAUGGAUGCUGAAAUACAGAAGAAAGUACAAAAACUGGCAUGUUUAACAGAAUCAGUCGAACGACGCGUUAUCCUACGACCGAAGUCUGUAUCGAAUGCGAGUAGCGUACCGAAUAAUAGGGCUCAUGAUUUGUACCAAGUAAAGAUGGCCAUCCAAGCGCACACCAAACGCUCACAGGAAGGUCACACAUCAAUCAAGAGUGCGCAUGUGCAACAACAAGCGGCAAACGAAGCAAAAACGAUAAGUGGUCCUGGCAAGGUAACAAAAACAUCAUCUCGUUCACAAGUUCCCGAUCUCAUUUCAACCAUAAAGCAACCGAAAUCGAGUGUGCAACCGAAGCCGGAACCAAAAACAACGGUGACUGUGUAUCGUCGAUCGACUUCAGAAUCUGGUAAGCGUAUUCGAUCCAAUCCAUUGGAAAAGUCGGCUAGCUCAGUUGAUACGCAUGCACGUAAGAAGGACAAUUACCAUGAUGUGAAGUCUCGAUACAUGGAACCACAAAAGCGGCAAGUAAACAACAUCAAUAAGGAAACGCUAAAAGUGCGUGCGCGUUCAUCGAGUGGAAGUUCAAGAACGUCGAGCCCGGUGGUAUCAUCGCUAAUCAGAGACGGAAGUACCAAUCAAACAAACAAAAAGUUGAACGACUCAACGACAAUGUCACGUGAUAGUUUGGCAUCGCCUGCGAAGAAAAAUGAUAGAUUGUACACGAAUCGAAAUGCACCUCAGCACGGUGAUCAUGAACGUUUAUCUGCCGACUCAUUGGGCGGUUCACUUCACAGCUCUGUUGUCACGAACAAAACGGAAUCGCAAGAAUCACUUGUCUUGACGAAAAUCGAUUUACGACCUGACGCAAAAGUAAAUAAAAUUGAAAAUGACAAGCAAAAUCAAGUUCAUACGAAAAUUGUGCCGGUCGUCGGCAAAAAUGCUCAGCUGAAAGUAUGUAGUGCAUUAAUAUCACAAACAUCAUCGACAGUCAAUUCGUCGACCCCUUCAUCAAUGACAGUUAAAAGCUAUUUAUCAAGCAAUAGCUCGACGCGUGAUGCAAUUAUAAAUCGCUUAACGACACCAGCAAAUCAAAUUCCACUGAAACGAAGCACCGAACCAAAACCACCAAUGAAAAGUUUUUUGAGUGCACGAUCGCGGAAAAUUCUAGCGCAGAAAAAAUCACUCUCCCAUUCCGAUAGUUCAAAGUCAGUACCCGCUGUUAUAAAGGAUUCGACCGUCGUUCCAUCUUCAAACGCCGUGAAUAAAUCAAGCUCGACUUCAAAUAUACAAAAUCAAAAAACAAAAAAUAUCCCAACCACACUUCAUUUACGACGAUCCGCCAAGAGCGCAGCCCAACAGCAACCACUUCUACCAGUUAGUUCGGCCAAAACAAGUGUUCGUCCACCAAAUCCAUCUUUGAUGAAUCCAACGAAAAGUAGCGCAUUGAAAAUGACAACGUCAAACAAUAAAGUCAAUCGAGAGAAUCGAUCGGUCAAGGAACGAAAACAAAGUAGUAGUUCAUAUGAGAAUCGGCCACCAUCGGACGGAAACUAUGACAGCACGAAUGAGACUGAUGUUGGUGAAGAAGAAGCAGGGCGACACAUCAAAUCGCAAUUAGAACGUUCGAGUACAUUCUGUAAAGAACGUUCCGAUAUCAAUACAAACGAACUUGAAGUGAUCGACUAAACAUCUAUUUCUAAGCCAAUCAUUCUUGAGAAAAUUUCUAACAAAAACUAUACAAUACAUACACAAACAAACAUACAACAUCUAGAAAAUGAAAGAAUCUGACGAAUACCGACUAUAAAUAUAAUUUAAAGAGUGCUAGGAAAAUUCGACCUCGGCCAUAUUUCAUUUCUAAAAUGUAUUUUGCGUAUUUAAAACAAGCUACAAUACAUAGACCAGAGAUUUUAUGAUUCCCAUAAUAAAGCAAUUGAUUACAUAAUGUUUAAUGAAAGAAAUUUGAAGAGAAACAAACAACAACAACAACAAGAAAUUACUUAAGGGAAAAAUGGAUAAAGAAAUGUGUUGAGAGUAAGCUUAAAGCAAUUUCAACAUACUAACUCCCUAAUAUUUAUAAAUUCUAGUCAUUUUUCAAGAGAUAUUAGUUCUUACUUACACGUGUACUAAGCUGUUUAUUUAAAAAAAAAUCAAUUGCUAAAACAUAGAAGCUAAACCAAAUGAUAUUUAUCAUCAUCGACAGCAUCAUCAUCACAAACCAAUCAGAUUUUUUUUUAAUUUUCAACAAAAUUGAUUUAAAUAUAUUUGUAUAUGAAUCAGAUAUAUUCCAAUGCGAAGAGAACAUUUGAAAUUUUUUACGAAAAAAAAAAUCAGGAACACAGACAUUUAUUCCAUCGUUUGUUUUUAUCAAAACAAACAACUGUUAUAAUCAUAUUGCUUAUGUGACAAUUAACAAUUUAACAAUAAAAUGAACAUUUGAAUGCUUUCAUGUAA